UACAGUUUACAGCAUUUAUAACAUUAAAAUGUACCGCGGACCUUAUCAUAAAAAUUUGCGCUUUUGCAUUCGGUUUUUUCAUUAUAGACAUAAAAUACGUUUUGCUUCGCAGUAACAACAGAGCAGUAAAAUAUAUAAUAGAGUAUCUUCAAUAUGUGUACGUGAAUUUAAAAGACCAUAACGAAAUCGUUAUUAUAAAAGAAUAUGGAAACAAAGCAAAACGUCAUACGAUGGGACUUAUAAUUCUUCUUAUUACCUACGUAUUUACUCAUGUAAUGACACAACUGUGGCCAAGGGUUUAUAAAAUUGUUUUAUCUAUGAAUGGAUCUCAGCAACGCCGUUUGCAUUUUGUAGCAGAAUAUUUUGUCGAUCAAGAAAAAUAUUACUACUUACUUUUAUUGCAUAUGUUUAUAUGUUAUUACAUGAUACUAUUUGUCCUACUGGUGACAGGAAUGUCGUUAUAUACAUAUCUUCAGUAUGCCUGCGGAAUGUUCAAAAUUGCUAGUUAUCGUUUCGAAAGUACAAUGAAAAUUUACGUAUCACAAAAUAUUAUGCAACGGAAUGAGAAUUUACUUCAUAAAGGCAUAGUACGUGCUAUAGACAUUCAACGAAAUGCCAUGAUGAUUUGCGAAUAUUUGAUGUCCACGUUUGAGGUAAUGUUCAUGUAUUUAAUAGGACUCGGAGUGAUGCUGUUAACCCUUAAUAUUUUCCGAGCUUUUCAGAUUAUAUCAUCGGGAUAUAAAAUUGAAGAAUUAGGCAUGUGUUAUUUGUCAUCAUUGAGUUGUCUUAUAUACAUGUUUUUAUCCAAUUUUGUCGGACAAGAAGUAACGGAUCACUAUAAUUACGUAUUUGAUACAAUAUACAAUAUCCAGUGGUACUUAGCUCCUCUACAUAUACAAAAGCUGACGGUGUUUCUAAUGCAGAGAGGCAAUAAAUCUUUCGGUCUAAAUGUGGCUGGAUUGUUUGUAGCAUCUUUGCAGUGCUUUGCUAUGUUGGCAAAUUCAUCUGUAUCUUAUUUUCUCGUCUUAUAUUCAAUUCGGUAGUGAUAGCAAAACAUACCAACACCAUAGAGAUAAACUUAAUAAGUAAAUGAUGCAGUACAUAUUAUGUCAGAACUGCC